CAUCAUGUUUAUACAUCAAUUUCAGAAUGAAUAACAUCAAUAUGUAAAUGUUAAGCUUGGUGGUGUAUCUAAACCGCAUACCACCACACAUAUUAGUGCUUGUUUCAACCAAACUAGCCAAAACAUAAACAUAUAUCAAUUACCCAUCCAUCCAUGUUUUUGUUUGUAUCAAAUGUCCUCAGUAACUGGCAACUCUAUUGCUGUUGGUAUUGUAUUUAUAGCUAGGAGUUUGUUGGAAAACUGAGAUACCUAUAAUUGUUUGUGAAUUUUAUUGCAGAAUUUAUUUUAACUAGUCACCAUUAAAAAAUGUUUUCAAAUACAACACUGUACAACCCUCUUGCUUCUAUAUGCCCUGUAACCUACAACACACCACACAAUCAUAACAUUGAUUGUUUCUUGAUAUCAAUAGUCAUAUUGUGACCUAAAUAAAUGGAAAUCGAAUGUAUACAAGAUAUUCUAUUCAGAUUAAUGACAGAAUCUUUAAACUCAUUUUGAUGGAGAGACAUGUCCUACUUUUCUGUACUUUAACAGAACCUUUAACACCUGUUAUCAGGUAACCAUUAAACACCUGAGUGUCACAAGACAACAGACUACCAGGAAGAAUAAACAUCAAACCAAAAGUUGAACAAAAUGGCUGAACCACCCACUGGAUGAGAUGGAUACAAAAACCUAAUGAAAUGGAAAAUUAACAGAUAUGACAAGCGUCUGAGAAUCAAGGAAUGGAUACUGCCACCCCCCAAGCACAAAAACUCAUCACCUGUGACCUAAACUGUGUCAAGCCCGUCCAGCAAUUCUGUAACAGCUGCCAAGUCGGUCUGUGUGCAGACUGCAUCAACAAACAUGUCAGCAGCCUCAAGUCCAUGAAACAUGACAUCGUUCCCUUCACAAAGCGCACAGUCCAGCUGGUGUUCCCUCAGUGUACAUGUCAUUCCCACCAGAGAUGUGAGGGCCACUGUCAACAGUGUGAUGUCCCGGUCUGCUUCACAUGCGUCUUGGGUCAACAUCAAGGUCAUGAUGUUAAGGCCAUUGCAGACAUUAUUGCCGGAAAGAAAGAAAACAUCAAAAGAGAAACAGAAGAAAUUGAAAGCAGUAUCAUUCCAAAGAACAAGUCAUAUGAUGCAGAUGUUGAAAAGAAAAUUUCCAAAUCCAAGGCCCACUACUCUGAUUUAGAAAAAGAAGCUAAAGAUAAAAGAAAGAAAUGGCACCUAGAAGUAGACGACAUCUUUGACACACUUGAAUCACUGAUCCAAUCACUCAGAGAUCAAGAAAUUACGAUUCUGAAGUCAUGCCAGUCCCAACUCAGAAGUCAAAAUUCCAGUAUGACCCAAACUGUUCAAGAAAACAAAGAAAUCCUGAAGUCCAACAAAGUGUCUGAUGUCAACAAUUACAAAUCCAAACUGACUGAAUUCAGAGCCAUUCCACAAGUACCUGAUGUAAUGUCACCCUCUCUCAAAACAAACACAGUCCAAGGGAGAUAACUCUGUCUAGAAUUAGGAGAAUACAGGGGCACACUGACACAGACAACACUCUCACUAACCAGUCUGACAGAUGAAGUCCUCUAUUUAUCUGUUAAGGAGUUAAUAAAAGAAGCCAAAGUGAUUGCAAACAUUCCAACAAAUGUCAAACAGUUAUGCAGAGUAGCCUGUGUUGUAUUAGAUAGAGCUUGGAUUAAUGGAUUAGACAAAAUGAUACAAUGUGUUGACAUGCUUGGAACUGUACAAGACACUGUCACCAGUAUUGGUGAUGGCUAUCCUAAUCACAUUAUAGUGAACAGACAGGGAGAAUUGAUUUACAGUGAUGGUCCCAAAAGAACUGUGAACAUUGUCAGACAUGGGAAGACAGAGACACUGAUCACCACACCAGAGGGCUGGAAGCCAGGGGGACUGUGUUGUACCAGAUCAGGGGACAUCCUGGUUAAUAUGUUUACUAUUGAUAACAGUUAUAACAAAAUAGUCCGUUACCAGGGACAGAGAGUGACACAGGAAAUAGAUAAAGAUGAACACGGCAAUCCAAUCUAUCAAGGAAGAGAGUAUGCAGUGUUUAUGACGGAGAACAAGAAUGGUGACAUCGUGGCUUCUGAUCUUAAUGCUGACACAGUGGUAGUGGUGGACAGGAGAGGAAAAGUCCGAUUCCGAUACAAUGACAGACCACCGGGGGGACAGAAAGCAUUCAGUCCAAGACAGAUAGUGACCGACUCCAUGGGUCAUAUCAUUGUGACAGAUCCUAACAAUGCCUGUCUACAUAUUCUAGAUCAGAAUGGACAAUUCAUUAAAUGUAUAGACAAUUGUGGAUUAAAUGAUUGGCCUGUUGGACUGAGUGUGGACAGUAGGGGGAGGUUGUGGGUAGGGUUGUACAAAUCAGGAGAAGUGAAAGUCAUCCAGUACAUGAAAUAAACACCCAAACAUUCACUUUAAGUACAUGUAUCAAGUGUAUAAAGACGGUAACAUUUUUGGAUAUUUCAAAGAAAAUUUAAGCAUUAAUAGCAAACUAAUAAUUCACGUUAAUACUGACAAACAGUAUGACUUCAGCUUCGUCAUCAUUAACUUCCCAGAUUUAUGAAGCAAUGUUACACAAUUAACUGUAUACUGUGUUUUAAUAUGUCUCUCAAAUGAUUCAAUAUGAGAGUCAUUAUACAAUUAUUGUUUUUUAAAACAAGCCGGUACUGACAAUUUUAAGUUCUUACAGAUGUUUAAACAGUCUCGAUUAAAGUUAACUUUUGUGCAAAUUUAAUUCUAUGGUCAAUAUAAUAUUAUUUGCAAGCACAUGUACAGCCUAUUUUUAGGUCAACUAUUGUCCAAUGAGUUUCAUUCCAUUUGUUGGGCCGUUCUUUUCAUAAUGAUUUUUAUAUUGGAUCGCUCCGUUUACCUAUGAAGAUACAUGUAUAGGGCUCACAGUGGACGUGACUGGUUAACAGAGGAUGCUUACUCCUCCAAGGCACCUGAUCUCGCAUCUGGUUUUUUUCCUGUGGUCCAUUGUUUGUCCUGCUCGUAUUCUUUAUAAGAUUUAUAAGAUGAUUAGAUUUACCACUGUUUCCACCUAUUUCACCUUGGAACAUAAUAACACUUCAUAAUCUAGAAAACACACUCCGUCAGAAAGAGUCAAGAACUUAAUUCAUGUAUGACAUGUAGUGUUGCUUAUGAUACAUAAUUCAUUCACUAUUCUUUUUUCAGAUCUACAUUUUCAUGUUCAACUUAACAGUGUAGUGGUUUGGGCAAUAUGGACCGUGGAUAUCGGCCUGGAUGGCUUAGUGGUUAGAAAACCUGACUAGUAAUGUAGGGGUCCCUGGUUCGAUUCUCGGUCCUGCCAUGGAUUUUCUCCUUUCCUGUCAUAUUUGCUGUAAAACAGCCCUUAGAACUGACAGGUGACAAUGCCUGGUUUGAGGUCACUUCAGGGUGUGGAGAUAUUUAAGGAGGUUAUACUACAUCAUUAUAAUGGCUGACCUUCUUUUAAAACAUGAAUGAAAAUAUAAAUAUAAGCAGUAUUUGUCUAUUCCUUUUAGAUUUCUUUGCCUAAUUCAGUAAAUUAGUGUGUCGACUGCUAAACUGUAAAUUGCAAAUUUGAAUCCAGCAGGGGUUUUAAAUUCUUUUUCCAGAUUACUUUCAACUAAAACUGCAAUUUUUAACUAAAGUAAAUUUGAAAGUUUUCAAUGACAAAAAUAAUGCAAUACAUAUCCUAAACUUUUCAUCCACAUAAAAUUUCUUUGGUGUAGUAUUUCUCCUUAAGGAGGGAGAAAUCACCUUUGGUCUGAUAGCUCAGUUGGUAGAGCUGACGUUUUCGGGAUCUCUUCAAAAAUCGGAGAGAGCUACAUUAUUGCAGGCAGUAGAGCUUCAAGGGACCCGGCUUCAAAUUCCAUCCUCUCCUGUUACUGUCUGUUGUAACUUUCACUUUUUUCCUCAAGAUCAAAAAAUCUACAGGUUGACUUCUUAAAUAAUGGACUACCUCGGUAUGAAGUAUGAAAGCUUUCUGGUGAAAAAUGUUUAAAAUGUUGAGUCACGACAAAUAUAAUUACAGACAAUAGACCGACACAUGCUUAUAGUCUAGAGGUGCAUUUGGUAAACAUCUGAUUUUCUGUUGAAUAUGAAAGCUGUAUGUUGAAAACUUUUCAAUGAAAAGGUAUCAUACUUGAAAUGAGAAUUUUCGGAUCUUGACCUUUGAUAUCAUGACCCAAGAUCCAUAAGUGUAAGGGUUUUCCUUUCAUGGAAAUUGUUAUGACAAAAACAAAACUAUAUAGGCACAGACAAAUAACAAAUAAGUUGACCCCAAAAGCGUCUAAACAAAAGGACACAUGGAUUGACAGACAGACAAUGUUAUUGUUUUAGGGAUCCUGCAUUUCUACCAAGCUUAUACAUGUAGUAACAUUGAUUUCAGAUUUGUUUCUUGUUAUCUAAAUAUUUAUAUUUUGUUGCAGUAGUAUAUAUUUACUUAUUGUGUCAAUACAGUCCAAAUUAGAUCA